AUGCUGCCGUACCAGUUCCCUGACCUUGCUGCCUUUCCCAUAGUCGCUGACCUUAUUACGCACCUUCGCACUAGUGACAUUCGCUACCGCGCUGCGCUUCCUGCUGAGUUCUGUGCCAAGAACCCACCCCCCACCAUGUACAUCACCCUCUACUACAUAGUCACCCGCCUCCCUGUCUCCCUUCGCUUAGUCAGGAAUCACUUCCUCUCAAUUUGCCCCACCACACUCACCGUUGACCUCUUUGAGAAGCGCCUCCUAGCAGCAGAGAAGAGCAUAGUCGCUGUAGGAGCCUCUCGUGGUAACCCUCGCACCCCCGUCUCUGAGAAAUGUCCCCCCUCCCCCCUCUUGCCCUCUGCUACUAAGGCCUGCCUCGUUGGUUUUGAGUCGGUCGGCAUUGCGUCUGCCCCUAGCGGGAGACGCCGCACUGGCAAGGGCAAGGGGGCAAGGGCGCUGGAGGGGCUGGCGGGGGCGGUGGAGGUGGUGGUGGAGGCAGUGGAGGGGGUAGGGGUGGUGGUGGGAGUGGUGGCGGAGCUGGAGGUGUUGGUGCUAGCAGUGGAGGCGGUGGAGGCGGUGGAGGUGGUGGAGGGAGCGGAGGCGGCGGAAGUGGUGGAGGCAGCGGAGGUGGCGGAGGCGGCGGCGGCAGUGGUGGACCUGGUCACGGCUCUGCGCAGAGGAGUGGCUCCGGCGGUGCACGGUGGGGGUACUGGUCCCUGCACCUACGUUAUUCGUACCGGCGACCGCGCUGGUGAGGAGUGCGGGGGCCCGCACUCCACCCAACGCUGCUUCACCCGCCUGACGGACGCGUGGCAUCACCAGUUCCCUGAGGCCUCUGAGAUCCCUCACUAG